UAAAUUUUAUGAUUUAAGCCAUAGACGGUAGCAUCGUUAGUAAUUAAAUCAGCUGGAAGACAUUUCACAACAAAAAAUAAACGCUGUCAUGCCUCGCUUGACGUGUGCCUAAUGUAAUUUUUAUCAAAUUGUACUCUGGUAACAUGGCUUUGUUAUUAUUUAGAAGGUGUCUGUCCCCUAAGCUCAAUAUAGUUACGCACAGAAUCGCAACAAGAAGUGCCACUGUUUUCAGUGCUGUCGUUGAUAAAAUCGAAAAGAAAAAAAAUGAUGCAAUCAUUGGUGGUGGUGAAAAGAGAAUAAAAAAUCAACACAAAAAGGGAAAACUAACAGCUAGGGAGAGAAUUUCCCUCCUGGUGGAUAAAGACUCUUUUCGAGAAUAUGAUAUGUUUGUGGAGCAUGGCUGUUCAGAGUUUGGUAUGCAGGAGGAGAAGUAUGUUGGUGACAGUGUUGUAACUGGUCAUGGUAAAAUUCAUGGCCGGCCUGUUUUUGUAUUUAGCCAGGACUUUACAGUCUUUGGUGGAAGUUUGUCUUUGGCUCAUGCUUCUAAAAUUUGCAAGAUUAUGGAUAAAGCAAUGCUGCUUGGAUGUCCCGUCAUUGGAUUAAAUGAUUCUGGAGGUGCAAGAAUCCAAGAAGGAGUGGAAUCAUUAGCUGGAUAUGCUAAUAUUUUUCAAAGAAAUGUUAAUGCAUCCGGAGUCAUCCCCCAAAUUUCAUUAAUUAUGGGCCCAUGUGCAGGCGGUGCUGUUUAUUCCCCUGCAAUAACGGACUUCACAUUUAUGGUCAAGGACUCAUCAUAUCUUUUUAUCACUGGUCCAGAUGUUGCGAAGACCGUUACUCAUGAGGAAGUUACUUUUGAGGACCUAGGUGGAACCAAGGUUCAUAAUACAAUAUCAGGUGUUGCUGCUGGAGCAUUUGAUAACGAUAUACAUGCUCUUUCACAAAUAAGAGAGUUUUUCGAUUUCCUACCACUAAAUAACAGAGAAAGUACACCUGUACGGAUAAACCAUGACCCAAGGGAUAGACUAUGUCCAGUCCUCGAUAGCAUAAUACCAACUGAUCCACUAAAGGGUUAUGAUAUGAAGAUUGUGAUGAAGACUCUGGCAGAUGAUGGAGAGCUAUUUGAAAUCAUGCCUAAAUGGGCAGAAAAUAUUAUCACUGCAUUCGCUCGUAUGAACGGAAAAACAAUUGGGUUUGUUGGAAACCAACCCUUGAAGCAAGCAGGCUGUCUCGACACCGAAGCUUCAAUGAAAGCCGCCCGAUUUGUGCGAUUUCUUGAUGCGUUUAACAUUCCAAUCGUGUCCUUAGUUGACGUCCCAGGAUUCUUACCAGGAAUUCAACAGGAACAUGGUGGUAUUAUUCGGCAUGGUGCGAAGUUGCUGUAUGCUUAUGCAGAAGCUACUGUACCCAAGAUUACUUUUAUCACAAGAAAGGCGUACGGUGGUGCGUAUAUCGUCAUGAGCUCGCAACAUCUUCGUGGAGAUACUAAUUACGCUUGGCCAACCGCAGAAGCUGCCGUGAUGGGUGCGAAGGGAGCUGUCCAAAUUAUUUUUCGAGGUGACGAUGAAGAAAAAAAGGCUAAAAAUGAAAAUGAAUAUGUUGAAAAAUUUGCUAACCCAUUCCCUGCAGCUGUGAAAGGUUACGUGGAUGAUAUUAUUCGCCCUUCUGAAACGCGUCGUCGAAUUUGCGAUGAUUUGGAGUUACUAGCGAAGAAAAAAAUGGACAAUCCUUGGAAGAAGCAUGGAAAUAUACCUUUAUAAAGUCAAGGCGUUCUUAAAAUAAAGUUUCGCAGUAAAUCGAGUUUUUACAGUUCAAGGGAAAGACUUGGUGAAGGAUGAGUAGAUGUCUUAAUUUCUAGUUCUAGUUUUUUUUGUAAAAUAUAUAUUUAUUAUAAUCUUUUUUAAUAGUCUUAGAUAUAAAUAUACAAAUAA